AUGAUUUUUGGGCAGUUAAUGAUUUUUAACCUCAUCUCUGAAGUUAUUCAAGAUAAGGUUUCUGUGUGUGAGAGCACCAGGACCGCCUUGGAGAAUUGCCUACGGCAACUGAAAUGCCAUUUCACCUGGAACUUGGCGGAGCCGGGAAAGUCCCUGGAUGAUUUCGAAGACAAGGUGUGUAACGCCACGGAGUUUCAGGACAACGAAUUCAGAACCACGGUGUUCAACCUACUGGCCUACAUAGAGCAGCAGCGCGGCCACAGCGAGGCGGCGCUGGAGCGCCUGCGCCAGGCGGAGGAGCUGAUCCAGCGGGAGCACCCGGAUCAAGCGGAAACCCGAAGUCUGGUCACCUGGGGUAACUACGCCUGGGUCUACUAUCACCUGGGCAGACACGCAGAUGCUCAGAUGUACGUCGACAAGGUGAGACGGGUCUGUGAGAAGUCUCGCAGCCCCUACAGAAUGGAGAGUCCUGCGCUGGACUUCGAGGAGGGGUGGGCCCGCUUACAGUGUGGAGGGAGGCACCACGAGAGGGCCAAGGUGUGCUUUGAGAAAGCUCUGGAAAAGGAGCCCAAGAACCCGGAGUUCGCCUCCGGACUGGCCAUCGCGAGCUACCGUCUGGAUACCUGGCUGCAGCCUCAGAAUCCCAUCGACCCUCUGCGGCGGGCCAUUCAGCUGAAUCCCAACAACCAGUAUGCCAAAGUCCUCUUGGCUCUGAAACUUCUGAAGAUGAACGAAGAGGGGGAAGGAGACAGGCUCGUGGAGGAGGCGCUGAAGGGAGCCCCGUGCUCAACAGAUGUGCUCUGCGGAGCAGCAAAACUGUAUCAGAGAAAAGGAGCGCUGGACAAAGCUAUAGAGCUGCUGAGAAAGGCUCUAGAAGGCAUGCCGAACAAUGCCUCCCUGCACUGGCAUAUGGGCUGCCUCUGCAGGACAAAAGUCCUCGAGAUGCUCCAGGGCACAGGAAAGAAUGAGUCCGGGAACAGGGAGAAGUUACAGGAAGCCAUAGGACAAGCUGUGCAUCAUUUAAAGAGAGUGGAUGAGGCCAAUGCAGACUUCCCCUGUGUCUGCUCCUACCUGGCCUGCCUCUAUGCGCAGGCAAGCCAGUAUGACCACGCGGAGCAUUACUUCCAAAAAGAAUUCAGCAAAGCGCUUUCUCCUGGGGCCAGACAGGUGCUCCAUCUGCGCUAUGGCAACUUCCAGCUGUAUCAGAUGAAGAGUGAAGACAAGGCCAUCCAUCAUUUCAUACAGGGUGUGAAAAUCGACCUGGAAUCAAAGGAGAAAGAAAAGAUGAAAAAUAAGCUGCAAAAAAUUGCCCUUAUCAGGCUUUCUAAAAAUGAAGCCGAUUCCAUAGCUUUGCACCUCUUGGCGUUUCUUCAGGAGCUGAGUGGAGACAUGCGGCCAGCAGAGGAAAACCCUGAGAGGCGUUUGGACUCUGGAAGCUUCCUCUGUUCAGCAUCUUUUGCCAAGGAAUGAGGAAUCAGGAUAUGGUGUGAGUGGGAUGAUGGAGGGAAGGGAGCAGAAACCCCUCCACCAAGUGGGUAUUCACGAUAUUGGGCAACUCGUACAACUGGGGUUUUUUUCCUCUAAGCCUUAAGAAUCCAGGACUCUGGCUUACACCCUGAUGCCCACCACCGUGCACCGUGGCAUAGACAUGGACUGGGCCGCUGGCCAUGGGUCUGGACCAGGUUUGUGGAGGAACCUCCUGGGCUGAGUGUUAAAACAUGAGUUGCUCAUGGAAUUCUGAGACAGGGACUAGACUGGAGCCGAGAGGGUCCCAGGGCUUGGUUAGGGGGCUACUUCCCAACUGACCUCUUGGGAGCAGUUUGCAUUGUGACAUUCCCUUAGUCAUCCUCCGUGCGGUGAUGCCUUGGGUUUGUCUCUAGGUUUAUAUAAAGCAGCUGGAUCCCUCACAUCUGUAACAGUGUGGUCCGUUUUGCAAUGUUUUUCCACCCUUGGAGUCAUUUUAGAUCUUACACAGUUUGGCCCUGCAUAGACGCUAAUGUGCUGUGUCCAUUCAAAGGCCAGGGGACCAAAGCCUCCAUAGGACUGGGUAUCUCCUCUCCCUCACUUCCGCUUCCUCCCCAGACAGUCCUCAAUCUAGACUGUCCUAUACAACCUGAGUUCAGUUGUCCCAUUGACUGAGGUGGGAACAUAGUUUGAAAAAAAGAGAACAGAGAACAGGUUGAGUUUAGAAGGAACACAUCCAAGACAAGCAAUGGGGUCAGGCCAUCAGGGUCCAAGAGUUUCAGGAGGCACAUGGGGAGAUUUCGCCUCCAUUCUGCCCUCCCUGUAUUACAGCGUAUGAAGAAUAAAAAGGGGGAUUCUGUAGAAUACGCUAGAAAGCAAAAUAAUUCAUUUCUUUAAAAUGUCUGGAAAAAUAAAUGUCACGCCAGUAGGGACAGGGAUUGAGUAGACAAAAGAGAAAGAGAGAAGAAUGUUGUCAUUGUAGACUGUAAUCAUAUGGAGAAAAAUCUCAUUUUCUUGGCCACUGUUAGGAAAAUUUCCUUGUACAAUGAAGACUUGCUUUGUUCAGAAAUGCUUGGAUGAGCCCAGGCCCAAGGUAAUAGAAAAACAGCAGAACAGAAGGCUCAUUUGGAGACCAAGGACCUAGCGAAAGGUCUUGUGAAAUGACAUCAAUAACAGCGAGUUUUUUUCCCCAAUUACACAUGUUGUGUUAGGUGAAAUAAAAUUUCUCACCCUGAAAAUCCUCAAGGGAACCAUAAAAUUCAUGGUUUGCUUGGGGUGAUUGGGGUUUUCUAGGUAAAUACUGAAUGGCCCAUGAUAUCAGGAUUAAUGCGAACAGACUCAGGUGACCCAGCAUGAAACAGACCCUCAGUCAUCCUCUGGGUUGCAAAAUAUUUGCCUGUUAGGAUUAAUUUAAAUUUAAAUAGUGGUUAUCAGGGGCUGGGGGUUGGGGAAGUGUGAGAGAUGUUGUUUGAAGGUAACUAGUAAAUAAGUCCUGGAGAUCUAAGGUAUAGUAUAGUAUCUUGAAUAUAGACAACAAUAUUGUAUUGUAAUCAUCAAACUUGCUAAAAGGCUAGAUCUUGAUUAUUCACACCACAGAAAAGAAAUGAUAAUUAUAUGACAUGAUAAAGGUGAUAACUAUCACUACAGUAACUUUUGCUACAAUCAUAUUACAAUAUAUAAAUGUAUCAAAUCAACCUUAAAUUUGUACAGUAUUAUAUGUGAAAUGUAUUUCAAUAACUUUAAGUAUAUAUUAACAUUUUUAUUAAGCAAUGAAAACAUUAUAUAAACUUCAAGAUUUUUUUUAAGUUAAAAAUUCCAGCUACUAUAAUGGCUUUCACGUUAUUUUCUGUAUUAAAAAUUGUGUUGUGUGCACUUGAGAUCAGCAGUAUGCAUAGUAUGGAUUCCUGAAAAAACCAUAGAUUUAAUAAAUAAAUAACUUAGAGGUGAUGGAACACAAA